GGGAUGUACAAAGUGUCAGCAGUGCACGAAGAUGAAGUGAUGAGAAUUCGGAACAUUAUUGCAUGACUUUUGAGUUGUCGACAUUGUGGCGGUGUGCGGUGAAGCAAGAUUCAAUCGGGACGGCCCGAUGAAAGAGAAAAGCAGAAGGGAUGCUCCUUAGGCCCCAAAUGUGGCAGAAUCAGAUGCCCGGCAUUGUUCAUUUUCUGCGGUGCAUCUGUUGUGGAUCAAAUCGUAGGCUCGCUUCGGAUUCUAGGCGUCCUUGGGCCCCACUCAUGGUCUGUUGUGCCGCACAGGCAGAGCAGACGAGAGCUCUCGCUACAGAGACUUGCGGAGUGAGCACAAUCUCACAGAGCAUGCGUAUCAUUCGCGGGUUUGAAAUGCUCGUCUACGAUUUCCAUUUGGACUCGAACGCUGACGACGAAUUCUGAACACAUGGUCCCUGUCUCUCGGGGGCACCACGAUAGGACCGUCCGCCUUCGGCCGCAUCAGUCAUGUCUAUCGACGCUACGUGCUUGAGGGCGAUCUCUUCGGUGGAUUUGCAGGCGAACUUCACUCAGCGGAUUUCUAGGUCGAGAACUUUGACCUGUAGACAUUGCAAUUUUUCGCCAGCGAUCCAUCCGUCGAAUGCAGCAGUGGAAGGUUGCGCCGGGAUCAAAUCGUCCACCGUCGGAGCUACUUCCGGCUUCCGCCCCUCAAAUUCCUUGAGUCGAUCGAUGACGCAGCCGAUUCCAUUGACCGCCACGCGGUUCACGCCAAAUCCGAGCGCGGCGAUUUUGACAGAAUCCGAGCAAUGUGAGCAAUCACGAGAGAACGAAUGGCUUCUGGAAAUCCGAGUGCGUCCCGAAGAUGUGGCGGGAUUCAAGCAGGACUACGAAGCCAUAGCCGAGACAUGGCCGUCGGACCUGAGGACGACGCGGGACGCCGUCGCGCUGGAGGAUUUCGUGAUCGACGCGGCGGCUCUGGUGCAGAAGUGGCUGCCGCGCGAUGUCCUGCGACGCGUCACGAAGUUCAACAGCGACGCGAGCCAGCCGUCGGCGCUGGUGAUCCGCGGCCUGCCGAUCGACGACGACCUGCCGCCCACGACCGCCGAGGGGGCGCAGAUCAAAGUCGGGAAAUACAUGUCGGAGACUUGGCUCGCCGGAAUCGGUCGCGUCAUCGGGCAGCCGUUCAAUUUGCGGUUCGGGCCGAUGGAAUCGCUGAAAACCGGAGGGCUCGGGAUGCUGUUCAAGGACAUCCUCCCUGUCCUGUCCGAGGAGGAGAAGGUCAGCCAGAAUGGCAGCGCUGCCUAUCUGGACCUCCACUGCGACUACUUCCAGUGCGUGCAGGAAUGCUGGGUGCACACGCUGGCCUUCAUCGGGAUCCGGGGCGACCCGCAACUCGCCGGGCGAACUCUGCUGGCGGAUUUUCGCGAAAUUUACAAGCGGGCAAAUUCGGCCGACAUCGAGCUCUUGCGGGCGAAGCCGAUUACAUGGCGAUUCGGGCCUCGUCCCGAGCAGUGGUUCUCGCAGCUGAUCAUCGACGGCAGCGACGACAAUCCGCACAUUUACCUCUUCGAUGAGAUGGUGGACAAUUUCCAUCAAGUGAAGGAUCUCGUGUCCGGGGACCCCGACGUCGUCGCCGCUUACAGGCGCAUGAAAGUUCUGGGCCGCGAUCUGGCGCUCGAGCACGGAGGUGUCCGAUUGGAAGGCGGAGACGUGCUGCUUCUGAACCAGAGACGCGUCGCUCACGGGCGCAACGGUUUCGAGGCCAAGUACGACGGCAACGAUCGCUGGCUUCAGAAGCUGUACGUGAACGAGGGCCAGAUUUGGCAGCCUCACGGUCACUCGCCCUGGCCCGAGCGUGUGCUGCCGUAUGUAGUGAGGAAGACUUCAUCGUAAGACUUUCCAGUGCCCGAGACCUCUUCCGCCAUGUUCUAGUGCUCUUUCGAGCUGAAAUCUGUCGAUGAAUCCAUGUGCAAAGUAAAUUCGUACGGAGUAUGGUGAUCGAAAUGUAAAUCUUUCUGAUUCGAUUUCGGAAUUUGUGCAAUGCCUGUGGUAGAUUGCAUAGGCAUCGCACCAGAUAUGUUUUCGAAAAUACGUUAUGAUUUUUUUUCUGCAUAUAUAUGCUAUACCCUGCGAAGCAAACAUGUUCUGUAAACAUAGGCAUUGUACCUACGGUCGGGGGUAGUAUACAUACUUUAAGCCAUCGUGGAGGUUUUUCUUUUAGCUCCAUUCGUGAAACUCGGACCUGCAUAGUUGGAAAUAUAGUAUCUAAGUAUUUGGGUGUCUUGACUUUUGAAAUAAAGAAAGUCCAAUAUAUAAUGUAUAUAUUUGGCCGGCGAGAGCAACGGAUGUUCAGAGGGAGAAACGC